AGACCUCAAGUAAACGGAAACGUCUCUUCUUAGUCUGUCAUCAAACCAACACCCUCGUUCUAUUUUUAAAUUUUUGUUCUAAAUUCUAAUUUUUCACAAAAUCUUACAAAACCUCUCUCAUUAAAAUUAAUUGUAACAAAACCUGUAAACUACUUUUCGUCAAUUUUUGCAUUAUGGUAAAUUCAAGCUUAGCGUAUGAAAUACUUUUAUACAUCAAUUCUUUUUACUUCGGACUAUUCGCUACGUGUGAAUUAGGAACACUAAUCUUGAAGUCUGUAUUGAUCGGAGGAAAAUAUGAUGAUAUAUAUCAUAAAAGAACAAGGUUGGGACAAGAUUACGGUGUACUAGUAGCCCUUUUUAUCGUCGAAGCUGCUAGACUUUUUUUGGGUCGUAAGGGAAGUCUGAGCGAAAGAGAUGUCCCAGUAAUGUUUUCAGUACUUCUGACUGUUCCUUCAAUAGGAGGCGUUGUGUACUUACUGAAAUGGCAAGUAGUUAUUUUAAGAAUUGAGUACAUUUGGUGUACACUCAUGUUAUCAUUACAAAUGCUGGAAUUCAUGUUUGCGUCCAUGUUUAUAGUCACAAUGUGUAGAGGUCCUUCAUAUGAUUAAUAAAUUGCUAUUUGUGUCUAGUGGUCCAAAUUAAACUACUUACUGUACACCUAUACAUAUAUCCAAGUUCUAGUAUUUUUAUAGAUGAGACAAUGUGCCUGGGACAAAAUAAAGUCACCAAACAAAUAUUUAUUUGAUAUGAUAAUUAAAAUAAAUACUACUAUGGUAGAUUUUAUAUUUAUAUAAAAUAAGAGAAAAACACACUUUUAAAGCAACAAUUAUUGCUUUCCUUAAACUUAAUUAUACCAUAUAUUAGUUAAGACUUGAAUGUUACUAAUCUAUUUACAUAUAUUUAAUAUUGAGUGUAUAAUAGUUAUAAGUCAUUAUUUAUCCUAAAUAUGCUAGACCAAGAGUUAUAAUACAAUGGGCUGAUAAUUAUAAAGAAUGCAAUUAAUAAAAAUAAUAACCAAUAUAUACAAACUUAAAUUAUAUUCAAAAUGUACUAAAUUUUUUAUCUAUUAGAUAAAA